AUGGUCGAACUGCUGUGGCAAGUCUUUCGGGAGGCCGAAAGCAGCGGGGACGUGAAGCUGAUCGUCCUGAAAGGCGCUGGCGACCGAGCCUUCUGCGCGGGUGGUGACAUCAGAGUGCUGGCGGAGGAGUCGAAGAAGGGCAACUACGCCUACCCGCACCGCUUCUUCGGCGAGGAGUACCGGCUUGAUUGUUUCAUACAUCACCUCAAGAAGCCGUGCCUCGCGCUCAUCAACGGCAUCACCAUGGGCGGCGGCGUCGGGCUUGCCAUCGGUUGCAAGUACCGCGUAGCCACAGAGUCGACCACGUUUGCGAUGCCCGAGACAGCGAUCGGUUUCUUCCCUGAUGUGGGCGGCAGCUAUUUCCUGUCUCGCUUGCCAGACGGCGUGGGCAACUACCUGGCGUUGAUGGGCGCACGAUUGGGGGCGCCCGAUGUUUUGCACUGUAACAUAGCCACGCACUUCGUGCCCAAGGCCAAGUUGGCUAAGCUCGAGGAGGAACUGUGCAAAACAGAUUUCGGGGCUGUCGCGGUCGACUCCGUACUGUCGACUUACGCCUCGCAGCCCGAGGGCCAGAUCGAAGUGGUGGAGCACGAGGCGAGCAUCCAGAGGUACUUCCACGUUGCCUCGGCCGAAGAGAUCUACGAGCGGCUGCAGGAGGAAAAGGACAAGAACGCAUGGGCCGAGACCGCGCACAAGAUCCUCCACAAGAAAUCGCCCACCUCCGUCAAGAAGGGCCGCGCCAUGUCCAUUGAUGAAGUGUUCGAGAUGGACUUGAGAGUGGCGUGCCGGUUCAUGGAGAGCCACGACUUCAUCGAAGGCGUGAAUGCGGUCAUCAUCGAGAAGCACCACAACCCGCAUUGGAAGCCUUCGCACCACGAAGAGGUCUCUGAGGAUGUGGUCAGUUCGUUUUUCGUACCGUUCACCACAGCUUCACGCGAGCUUUGGGCGCAUCAUCAGUCCUAG